AUGGCAUACAUGGUUUAUGGUACGGUUCCCGGUUUCUGUCUAAAUCUCGGGCUUGACGAGUCCGAGUGGGCGAUGGGCAACGGGAGUGUCGGGGCUAGCCAUCAGCUCUUGCGCUUUCGCAGCCUGUCGCUCGCGUCGCUCGGCGAGGUGCCGGCCCCGCUCUGGGGUUGCGCCGACCCGGGCGACGCGGGUCUUUAUGGCCCCUCUGGUCCUUGGUUGCUCGCUCAGGUGGUCUACUUCCUUGUCAUCCUGUGCAUGGUAUCUAAGGUCCUCGCGCGGUUGGGUCUUCGCCGCGCAACAACUCUGGUUCUGCGCGCUGGUCUUCUGUCUGGGACGACUUCAUUGUCAGUUCUCGGGAUGAUCUGCGUGCCGUCCAUGGUACUGGACUUGUCGCUGCUUGUGUCUUUGGUCUGGGUUGGGGUGCAUGUCUCCGUGUCUGGUACGCGUGGUAGCGGUACAUCCAAUCCUUGGGUCUGCUCUCUGGUGUUCUGGUUCCUCGUCCUCUGUGUCGGCGGAGCCUCCACUGUCGGGCUUGUCAAGACCUCAAGACCUCAAUCUAUGCAGCAACGCGGCCUUGGGCGACUCGUGUUCUGGAUGUGCGGCCCUGUUUCGGUGUUCUGGAUCAAUGCCAUGUUGCGGUACUCAUGGAGCCGGUCUAUCGGACGUCGCCGGUCGGCGUCUGGUUCUCUCGAUCCUUGGAUGCAUUUGGCAUUAUCUCCAUCGGAACUGGGUCGCCUUGGACGCGAGGGUCUUUGGCAGCAACUGGCCCGAGUGGCAGGCUACGGCAAGAAGACGACGUUCAUUGCUCGUCUAGUGGUCCUGUGGGUCGUCAACUUCACGAACAUAUUCUGGCUUGUGGUGCUCUUUGAUGGCGGGUUCAUACCAUGGGGGGCUGUCUACAUCCCUUGGUACAUGGGAUACGGCUUUGCAUCGUCUAGCGUGGUGUAUACUGGGCUUUGGGCGGGUGAGAAGUCGUCGGACGAUGAGUCUGGCUGGUCAAGCGAGUCGGACUGGUCGUGUGGUUCAGAGUCUGAGGACGAGGACAACCUCAACUCGCCGCGCACGUCUACGCCGCACAAGGGAAAGCAACCAGCAAGCAUCGGAUGGGCCUACGCUUCCGGCACUAGCGAAGGCGCCGUCGGCGCUGAAGCAUCCGGCUCCGGUCUCAACUACGUGGACAAGCUCGAUGCGGUGGACCACAAGAGCGCGGUCAACAAGGCAGCGGAUGCGACGGCCGAUGACGACGGGUCUAUCGCGGUGCACGCGCCCUCGGUUGCUGUAGUCGUGGGUGCUCGGGUGACGAAGCUUAAGGAGGCUCUCGCCGCUGCUCACCGUCAACAUGACUGCAACACAGCCCUUAUCGAGGAACGCGAGGCGCGCAACCGUAAGCUUGUGGAACACCUUCCAGCCAUCCGUCAAGCCGCUGCACAGGCCGAGGAGAAGGCGUCCGCCGCUCGUCAAGAUGGCAACGAGAAGUCUCGACGGGUACAAGAGCUCGAGGCGCACAUUGCUGUGAUCAAAGCCGCUCAGAAGGAGGCCGUUCAGCGCUCCCAGAAGGAGAAGGCGGCGCUCGAGGCGUCGCUGGAUAUCCUUCGUCGUAAGGGCGAGGAUCGGGUCCGUGCUUUGAAGGCGACGGUUGAGUGCGCCCGGAAAGCGUCCGGCAACAAGAGUAGAGGGGUUGAGGAGCUUGAGGCGAGACUGAAGCAGGCGGAGAGCGAGCGUGACAGUACGCAUGAGCGGCUGCAGCGCGAGAAGGAGGCACUUCAGACUGAGGCGAAGCUGGCACGAGAGGAGUUGGUGGAGAAAGAGCACGCGGAACAGCAGCUCGACAGGGUCAUCGAGCGGCUUCGCGAGGACAUUGCACGGACUCGGCGCGAGCGCGACACUGAGAUUGCAGGGCUCUUGGACCAGGAGAAGGCACUGAAAGCCGAUCUGGACGACAGGUCUUCUCAACUUGAGAUCACUCGAGCCGCGCUGCGGUCUGCAGAAGAGGACCUCAAGAAGUCCAAGGCACUCUGCGCGGAUCUUGAGCAGUCCGUGAGCCAGGACCGAGCGGACAAGGAGGCUCUGGAAGUGUCGCUACGAGAGGCAAAGGCUGAACUCGAGGCUAUUGCUACGACGCGCCGUGCGAAGGCCGUGGAGGUCCUCGGGCUUAUGCGGUCUCGCAAGGAGCUCGCGGAGCAGAUGGACGCUAUCAAGGGUAGCGCAGAGUUCCAGCGCGUGGAGGCACACUUCGCACAGCAGGCGUUCGAGGAGAAGGUCAAGGACCUCGAGAUCAAGCUUGCUGCAUCGACUGGUCAGACUGAGCAGCUCAACGCGGACCUCAAGAAGGUGCGAGAACUCAGGAGCAAGAAUGCCGUUUGCAAGCAGGAGAUAAACGCAGCUAAGGAGCACAACGCGGAGCUCGAGCGUCGGAACGCAGAGCUCGAGGCGCAUGCCGCUUGUCUCGAGGAGAAGCGUACUCACCUCCAGGAACUGGACCCCGGUGUUAAGGCUGAGAAAGCCAAGCUCGAGAUUCAGCGCGCGCAGUUGGACAAUGACAAGCGCAAGGCCGAGGAGGACUUCUCUGCGAAGGUCGUGGACAACCGACGGAAGAUCUGUGAUCUCCGGGAGAGCAACGCGGAUCUCAGAGCGGAGCUGGCAGAGGCUCGGGCCAACGCGCAGGUGCAUCUGCAGGAGCUUCAAGAGCAGCUUCCGCAAAUGAUGGACGACAUCGUGGCCGCACAAUGCGAGGAGCUCCAGCGUGACGAGGAGGACAUCCUCGUUGAGCAUGCUGACUCCGCGUUGGUAGACCUCUGCGAUGGUGCGGACAUGGAGGCUGCUGACGACUCUGAUGCUCUUUGGUACGACAUCAGCGCGACGAUGGUCUUUAACUUCACUGCUGACGACGUGGAGACGUCUGAGCCUGAGGAGGGUGACUCGGUGGAGCUCGAGGAUGUGGUCUUGGACGACACCGGUGCUGGUUUGAGCAGCACUAAACAGUUUAAGAAGAAACCUAGGAAGCUGAAUGAUCCGUACUGUGCGGGCGGACCUGAGGUAGGCUAUGAAGAGACUUAUGCGAUUAGUGGGCGCGCCAAUGUCGCUUAUGCACGGCGGCUGAUUGUUAUACAUCGAGGGCAGGGGGUCGUUAGAAGGAGCCCGUAUUGCAGACAGAGACAGUCAUUCAGCAUGAAGCGCCUGUUCUCCCCGACGUUCGGAGAACGUUUACACCUCACCAUGGAGUCUCCAACGCUGCGAAGACAUACCAAACCAUUUGUCAAGGCCCUGGACUUGCUGGCCUGGCUCGGGCUUUUGAGCCAGGCCCGGCGCAACCCCAAUCUGUUGAUUAUCACGGGUCCUGGUGCCCUCGUUGCCAUCGAGCAUCAGCCAAACUUGUACCGACUCUAUACGGUGGUAGCCGCUCUGACAUUCUAUCCGCAGCCAUAG